UGACGUGUCACAAGCCGCGACGCGCUUGUUAUUUUUCGCGUUGGCUUCACUCGGCUGUAAGUCGUUACCAGCAAACCUGACUUUUACUGCCUCGACAAAAUGUCUCUCGUCGAUGAUGAAUCCUCGGAUGUGGGACUGACGGGCCAAUCAAAGUUGGAGAGCUUCCUGUUCAGCUGCGAGUUGUCCUCUAAAGUACCUUUCUACACUUUCCAAGGAGAUGAGGAGGAGGACCUGGAGCACAUCCUUGAGCUCAGAACAGUUUGCCUCGGAGAAGGUGCCAAAGAGGAGAGCAACGUGGUGGAGGUAACAGCCAUGAACCACCAAGGAAAAACUAUUUCAGUGCCAGUUGCCAACCUUCACAUCAGGUGUCUGCCCAUGGUGAGUCUAGGAGAGUUUGAGCUGAAAGCCCCAGUGACCAUCCGGCUCAGGGCUGGAACAGGACCAGUUACAGUCAGCGGGCUGCACCUUAUUGCCUCACAGGUUGAAAACUCCGAUCUGUCUGAGGAUGACGACGACGACGAGGAAGAUGAUGAGGAGGAGGAGGAAGAAGAGAUGCCUGCCAUUAAACCAGCAAAGAAGAAGCAGAGGCAGUAGGCGGAGAGGUCACUGAUGGAUUUUUCAAAUGGCUUACUCGCCAAUGUUUUAAGAAGUAAGAAUUUUUUUGUAUCAAACGGACAAAUUUUUCCAAAGUUAGGACUUCUUCUUCUUCCACACAGCCACGUGAAUGCUUUGUGUGGUGGCAGCUAAACAUGCCGCAGGAGGAAUCACGACGGCUCUGAUGUUCUCGUAGCUCCACUCAGUCUCUCACUGCGGGUUUCUUGCUCUGAGCAGUGUAUAUAUGUGUGGAUUGGACAUUAACUCAUACAAGAACUGUUUUUGCUAUCAAAUGCUGCCCACUGUUUUAUACUGUAUAUAAUGCAGUCACCUCUGAUAUGGUUCUAUUGCACCAGUGGAGGGAAACCACGUCUUUUACCACCAGUUUAAAGUGUUUAAAGAUGCCGACAGUGUAUGAAUACUUGUCAAGACAGGAAAAAAAGCUUCAUUCUAAUUGGUCUAAAUGAGAUGAUACACACACAGUUUAUUAAAAUGUUCCUGGUUCAUUAGUUUGUUGUUGCAAAAUACUGUUUUUCUAUGUGACGUUUCAAUCAUAAAUGUGAAGAUUUGUACUAACAGCAAAAUGCAUCAAGAAAACCUUUCUGAGUUUUCAAUUAUCUCACUUUUCAGCUCGUAUAAAUAAAGUAAUUUUCAGCUUAGUAUUUAAAAUGUAUGAGGCUUAUUCAUCUCCAUGGUCACUUCAGAUUAGUGCCUUCUUUGAAACACAACGACACAUCAAGUUUUUUUUUUAGAAUUUACGAGAAAUCUGGCAUUGUGUUAGUCAGUUUUAAUCCUUUUCUAACCGCAGCACCAAUAUUAAAGCAGCGAAAAACUGA